ACAAAAAUAACCCAGAAUCUCUCUCGUUGAUCCAUCCACUUUCCUUCAAAUUUUCCCGAGAAAGUGACCCUCGUAGCACAAAGAGGAAAGGAAAAACAUUGUUAAAUGUGGUGGAGAUCUGCUUCUUUCAUUCUCGACAGACAGCAAGAACAAAACGCCGCCGUUCCACCCAAUCCCGAAUCGCUCUUGCUCUCGUCUCCUCCUCCUUCCAUGGCGGAUUCUCUCCAAAACCCUAAACCCGACAUUUCCGCUUAUUACCAAACCCGCGCCGCGCACCACGCCGUCGUCACGAGCGAUUGGCUCGCCCAGGCUCAUGCCGCCGUCAGCAUCCAAACCGACGACGACGACUCGUCGGUAAUUGAUGGGAAGAUCGCCCCGGCCGCUGGAGGUAGAGGAGGCGAUAAGGCGUUUAGUGUUAUUGAUGAGUUCAAUAGCUGGAGGAAGCAGCCGGAUUUGGCGGAGGCAGUGGCGGCCAUUCGCGCCCUCGCGGCGGUUAUUAAGGCUAGCCAAGCUACCACCAUGAUGGAGCUUGAAAUUGAGCUAAAAAAGGCUUCUGAUUCGCUCAAAGCAUGGGACACAACCUCGAUCUCUUUGACAGCAGGUUGUGAUCUCUUCAUUCGAUAUGUGACUCGAACAUCAGCUUUAGAGUAUGAGGACUUCAAUUCAGCUAGGUCUCGGUUGAUAGAACGUGCAGAGAAGUUUGGGGAAAUAUCUUGUAAGGCACGCAGGAUUAUUGCAAUGCUAUGUCAAGAUUUCAUAUUCGAUGGUUGUACCAUUUUGGUACAUGGAUUUUCCAGAGUUGUCCUUGAAGUAUUGAGGACAGCGGCACAAAACAAGAAACACUUUCGAGUUUUCUGUACAGAAGGAAGGCCCGACAGAACAGGGUUACGCUUAUCUAACGAGCUGGCAAAGCUUGAUGUCCCCGUAAAGCUUCUAAUAGACUCGGCGGUGGCAUAUACGAUGGACGAGGUGGACAUGGUACUUGUCGGGGCUGAUGCAAUUGUGGAAAGCGGGGGUAUCAUUAAUAUGAUGGGAACAUAUCAGAUUGCAUUGGUGUCACAUAGCAUGAACAAACCCGUUUACGUGGCUGCCGAAAGCUACAAGUUCGCCCGUCUUUAUCCGUUGGAUCAAAAGGAUGUGGGUCCUGCCUUACGUACCAUUGAUUUCGGGGUACCUAUCCCAUCCAAGGUCGAGGUCGAAAAAUCCGCUCGAGAUUACACCCCUCCUCUAUAUCUUACUCUACUCUUCACAGAUUUGGGUGUUCUCACUCCUUCUGUUGUUAGCGACGAGCUCAUUCAACUCUAUCUGUAGUGCCGAUUCGCCGAGGAAGGUCGCCACUUUUUACUGUUUAGAACUAUAUGGAGACUGCUUAUGUAGCGAGUGAGAUCUGUGUUUCUGAUGAUU